AUGUCCAGCUCCUGCAUCUCACUGUCAGGCUCAACGCAGUGCCCAGCCUUCAAUUCGUCUUCGAUCUCCACAAGCACCAGUCUUUACACCGACUUCCCGUUUCUGCAAAACGUUACGAAUCUGACCGAAUUCGACAAUGCCCUUAACAACUAUGUGCUGGGCUCAUACAUCCAGAGCAAAUAUGCCGUGUACCUUGGCUGUCAGGGCGACCUUUCCAACACCAGUGAUUACUAUGCGCGGUAUACCACAAGUGCCAUCUGCAGUGGCUUAGUCCAGAGUUCCGCGACCGACUGCGACCUGUCGACUGAGCAGACACGGCCGCUCUGUGCGGAUGACUGCGCAUUGAUGGCUACAAGUGAGGAAGAGAUUGCUGUUAACGACGAGCUGUGCCCUGACCGACGAAGCGACUAUUUGAACCAGAUCCGCUCCGACUUUGCCGUGUGUACUGGUCCCGAGGGCUCUCUCACUGGAUCAUGCAUAUCAGCGGCCGUCAAUGAACCCAACGAAUGCGGCUUUCGCUCAAAUCUUAUCGGGCUGUGCGGAUUUUGCGCUUCGAGCUCUGUCAAUUCGACUGAUUCCUGCUGCAUAAAUGCGAAUGCCUCGACUCGAUGCGAAGGCGUGGAUAUUCCGACCCCGUCUACAUCGUUUAUUCCCAUUUAUACGUCCGAUACGGACUCGGGAAACGAUACAGGUAACGGCUUGUCGGGUGGGCAGAUUGCGGGUAUCGUCAUUGGCUCUGUUGCUGGGUUCGCCGUGCUCGCGGUUCUGUUAGCGUUCGGUCUCAUAUAUUAUUGCCGGCGUAAGCGCCAGGCUGGCGACGACAACUCACUCAACAAGCCGAACCCUCAAAGAAAAGGAUCUCCCAUGCAGCAGGCCGGGAACCAAGCCUUCGGUGCCGCGCCUGGGCGCGUUGCGAGAAUGUCCGCCCUACGCGAGGCCCCGAGUUCUUCUCCUGGGCACUCUCGGAAUUCGGGAGCCUUCCUUGGUGGCAGUGCCAAGUACAGUGAUUCCUCAGACUCCGAAGGCUUUGCGAGCCCCGGAGCCAUGAACAAGAAGAUUCCGCCUACCACCGGAAAACGCCAAGGUUCACUAUCAAGCAACUCGGCCCUGGCGGGUGCAGGUAGCGACAUCUCUCCUCGCUCCGGCACGAUUGGGCAGUACUCUUCGCCGGAAGGGUUGACCAGUGGACAAUCCGAGCAGCUAUCUUCGUUCCAAGACUAUUACUCGCAAGAUGAUAUCCAUCCCGGUGACAAGGUUGCAGUACUCUGGGCUUACCAACCGCGGGCGGGUGACGAAUUUGGCCUAGACCGCGGCGAGAUGAUCAAGGUGAUAGGUAUUUGGGACGAUGGGUGGGCGACGGGUGUUCGUGUACCCGAGAGUGCAGAAGAAUACGAUGCUAGACACCGCGAACAGCGUGACAGUGGCGUCUCGAGUCGCUCGCAGAGAACCUCUCCAGCCCCGUCAGGCGAGAUCAAAGCAUUCCCAUUGGUCUGUGUUUGUCUCCCACAACACUGGAGGAAGAUCAUCGAUGGCGGACAAGGAGAUGACGAAGCAGCAGAAAGAUAUGGAUCUAUGUCCUAG